UUUUUUGACAUUUAGUGUCAUUUAGUGUAAGAUAACAUAUGAGGAAUACAAGCGAACGAAUGUUGAGUUUGUUAAUACUCUUUGUGGCAUGUUAAACUGAUUGAACUUCAAGUGCUGAUAAACAAAAACCAGGCGCCAAGAUGCGAUCCGUCGGAUUUUCGUUACUUGCCCUAUGCAUGACCGUUUCGGUCGUUGCUAAUGCUUACUACCAGAAAAAACAGUUCUAUCCUUCUGUAGUAUAUAUUACUAAGUCUAAUCCUAGCAUGGCUGUCAUUUAUCUGCAAGCUUUCAUAUGUGUACUUUUGGCUGGCCGUGUCAUGAGAAAAGUAUUCUUUGGACAAUUGAGGACUACAGAGUUUGAGCAUUUGAUGGAGAGGUCCUGGUAUGCCAUCACAGAAACCUGUCUGGCUUUCACUGUUUUUCGAGAUGAUUUUAAUCCCAAGUUUGUAUCUCUUUUUACACUGCUGUUGUUCCUGAAAUCUUUCCAUUGGUUGGCGGAAGACAGAGUUGACUAUAUGGAAAGAAGUCCAGUUAUAAGUUAUAUAUUCCAUUUACGCGUUAUGGCACUGCUUUUACUUCUUGGUUCACUUGAUAUAUAUUUUGUGGAGCAUGCCUACCAACUGACAGUAUCCAAAGGGGCUUCUGUCCAGUUAGUCUUCGGAUUUGAAUAUGCCAUAUUGUUUACCAUGGUUAUUAACAUCAUAAUCAAGUACACUCUGUAUACAGUCGAUUUACAUAGUGAAACACCAUGGGACAAUAAGGCAGUAUUUCUGCUCUACACUGAGUUAGUAAUGGGUUUGAUCAAGGUUAUUCUCUACAUCGCUUUCAUGUUCAUAAUGGUCCGUAUCUAUACGUUGCCAUUAUUUGCUUUAAGACCGAUGUAUUAUACAAUAAGGAAUUUCAAAAAGGCUUUCAAUGAUGUAAUUUUGUCCAGAAGGGCUAUCCACAAUAUGAACACUCUUUAUCCAGAUGCUACAUUAGAGGAAUUGCAAGCUGGAGAUAACGUUUGCAUUAUUUGCCGUGAAGAAAUGACGGUGGCUUCAAAGAAACUGCCCUGCAAUCACAUUUUUCACGCUUCUUGUUUGAGGUCUUGGUUCCAGAGGCAACAGACCUGCCCAACCUGCAGAUUGAAUAUUCUGAGAACACCCACUGCAGAGCAGAGGCCAGAUCCGCAGAGAGCUCCAAGACCAGCAGUGCCAAAUUUGCGCAAUGUGAAUUUCAAUAUUCCUAAUCCAUUUUUGAUGUUAAAUAACAAUUUACGACAACAGGCGGCUGGACUUAUCAAUCAACAGCAACAGCAGCCGCAAAUGCCUGGUGGUAUUCCGGUACCACAACCGAACCUCGCUGGUCACCAUGGUAUUCCUCCACCGGGUAUGAUUCCAUUCAUCCCAGUUCCUCCGAUAAGAUUUAUGCAGCCACCGCCUAUGCCUCCACCGAAUCUAUCCAACUUGUCUCCUGAACAGUUGCGUCGUAUGGAAGGUCGUGAACGGGAGAACGUUGAGGCCAGGAUCCAGUGGCUCAGAAAUAUUCAAUUGAUGCUGGAUGCUGCAAAUAUGAUGUUCCAACAAUACAAUACGGCAGCCGCUAUCUCGAUGUCCAUGCAAAAUAACAUGGCAGAACGCGCUGACGCUACACCUGGUACUAGUUCUGCUGGGACAUCAACCUCCACUCAGGCUUCUCCACCAACCGCAUCAUCAGAGCCUUCCGAAGGUGGACCUUCAGCUUCUGCUAGCGCAUCUUCAACUCCUUCAGUAGCCACAUCUUCUGCUACAGCGUCAUCUGUAUCUGCUUCGUCAGUUGCAACCUCAGCCCCUGUUGCAGCAUCGACUUCAUCUGCUUCAGCAGCCGGAUCGUUGACUCCUCCAGUAGUGAAUUCCGCAACUGAUGCAGCUGCUGCUUCAUCUUCCUCGGUGCACAAUGUAAAAGAGUCUAUGCCAAGUCCCUCUCGUAAUAUAACAGUACCGGUCGAUAAGAAAAGCGUAAAUAUAUCGGAGGAUAUCAGCAGCAGCACGCAUUGCCCGGAGACUGUUGGUAAGGUAUCAGACACGUGUCCCACUACAUCAAAGACACUCGAGCCUGCAGAUAUUUCAUCUUCCUCGUCUCAACAACCAGGGGCAUCUUCUUCUACCGAGGAGUCGUCUCCAAAGACAGGAGAUAUGGAGGUGCGAAGACGUAGACUUGAAAAAUUCCAAUAAAAUAAAACAGUAAGAACCACACUCUAAAACGUUGAAAAUCACUUCUUAUUAUUGAUCAUUUUUAAUCUACUGUAUUCGUUUUUUUUUUCUUGUUUCUUAAAUUACUUCUAUUUUCUUUUUAAUACGGACUUAAAGAUUAAAUUAUU